GGCGCCUCCUUCAAGACACACGGGUCAGCUCUUCUUUGAGUAUCUGCUGGUGGUGAGUCUGAGGAAGAAGAGGAACGAGGAAGGAUAUGAGCCCCACAUCACCUACCAGUUCCCAGCGUGAGGUGAUGGGCCGUCUGCAGCGUGAGGAAGAGGAGAAGUGUAUGAAGGCCGCUCAUCUCUUCUGCUUUCCAGAGGGAAUCAACUGGGCUCCUCUGACCCAAUACAAGAGCGAGACGUUCUCGUUCGUUCUGACCGAAGUGGACGGCAGCCGGAGGAACGGAUACUGCAGGAGACUGCUGCCGUCCGGCCCCGGAGCCCGUGUACCAGAGGCGUACUGCAUCAUCAGUCGGGCGGCCUGCUUCGGGCUCUACUCCAAGAUCUUUGACGAGGUGGAGAAGCGGAGGCAGAUCUCUAAAGCCAUGAUCUAUCCGUUCAUGCAGAGUCUGCGGGAGGCUCCACUGCCUUCACCCGGAAACACCGUCAGCGUCAGCAGCUUCAUCCCGGACGCCGGCACUGAGAUCAUUCGUCUGACGCGGCCGGUCGAGUCCUGGCUCGAACACGUCGACUUCCGCUCUCUCUUCCGCUGCCUGAGCCAUGAAGAGGUGCUGAUGGUGUUCUCCGCCGUCGUCAUGGAGCGACGAAUCAUCUUCAUCUCUGAGGAGCUCAGCACUCUGUCUCAGGUUCUUCACGCUGUAGCGGCUCUGCUGUAUCCGUUCGUCUGGCAGCACACCUUCAUAUCAAUCGUUCCCACGGUUCUGAUCGACGUGUGCUCGGCUCCGACGCCGUACCUGCUGGGAGUCCAGAAGAGCCUGCUGGAGCACGUGACCGACCACAGCGACCUGAUGAUCGUCGAUCUGUCGCCUGGAGCAGAAACUAAAUUCAUCACCAGAACGGGAGACGAGGAGUCUCUGCUGCCCGUUAAACUGAAGGAGGAGCUGCUGUCUGGACUUUCUGCGCGCAAACGUGACGCCCCGGCGGAGGAGCUGAACCGCCUGGUGUCCGAAGCAUUCCUGAGCGUCUUCGUCCGGAGCGUCGGUCACUUCUCGCAGCACUUCCGGCGGAGCGGGAACUCGAGGCGCUUCCACAAGAAGAGCUUCCUGAAGGCCGUGGAGCACAAGUCCCAGCUGGGCUUCGUCAAGCUCUUCGUCCAGACGCAGAUGUUCGACCUGUUCAUCCAGGAAGAGGAAACUCAGCCCAACCCCAACGCGUUCUUUCACAGGAAGGUGUCGGAGUAUCAGGAGAGGAAGAAGAGGGAGAAGAUGAAGGCCGGAUGGGUGCGAGGUGUGGUGGUUUAAAGAGGUCUCAACCUUUCCUUAAUAACACACUUCAGACGUCCCCUCGGGGCUCAAUGCUGUUUAUUUGUACAUUGUUUGUUUUAACACAAUAAAAUAUAAAUGAAAGCGA